UUCAUUUUUUUUGGAUGUUACUGGAAAAGCAAGAAAUCGAAGAUUGUUUAUUGAGAAAUUUUCGACGGAAUGGAAGUUGGAAACAGACUGUUUACAACUAUAAAAAUUAGGUGCCACAACCCAAACACGCAGUUUCUCCAAUUGAUCACUGGAACAAGUGGAAAAUAUUGGAAUCUUAUCCUAAGUACAACUGGUCGCUGCCACCUCAGUUUUAGCUUUUUGGCAACUCCCCCUCCUUUCCAGCCAAAAGCUGCGGCUCUGGAAAAAAGCUGAAAAUGGAAGAGCAGACAGGUGGAACCAAACCGAUCAAGUGCAGCGACGACCGGAAUCGUCCAAAAACUGGACGUGAUGCGGCCGGCGAGAUUCCGAUCGGAAAUUCCGAUGCUCUUCCAGACCCUGAGGACGAAGAUUGCCAUAUUUCCACAAGUGAAGGUUGGGGAAGCUCCGGCGAGGAGGAGACACGGUUGUCCGGCCUGGCAGAGAGCCUGCAGAUCUUAACAGAGUCGCUGCUGACGAUGGAGCAAGCAGAGAUGGAGAUUUUCAAGUCGAGGGAGGCCAUUCGCCUUGAGGAGGAAAAAAGGAGGCUGGAAUCGGAGGCCGAGAUGACUCGGAUGCUGCUCCACUGUCAGCUGCAGAUUGCGUCGUUUCUAACGGCGGCGAGGCCGAGUUGCAGCCGGAAGAGGAAGCGGGUUCAGGAGGAAGAGCCAUCAUCCUCCUCCUCUGCUUCAUUGGAGAGGGAAGGAGCUCUUCUGCUAAGUCUGAUUCAACUCAACACGAUCACCUUCUGAAGCUGCUAUGAUUUAAGUACAACUGUACAAGCAUGGUAUUGAUCGAAUUAUUGAAUGUAUUUCCAUUUCUAUCUAAAUCCUAAGACUACUAUAUUGUCGUAUAAUAAGCCUAGCAAAAAGGGAAAAACUAUUUCAAGCUAA